GGGGAGAAGCCCAGGAGCUCUCUGACACUCAGCCCUUCCCUGGGACCUUUGUAGAAGAUUCUUCUGCAGGAUCCACCCUGUCUCUCUCCACUGCACUCCAUUCCUGAAGGCAGAACCUACAAAGUGCCUUUUGUAAAGUUCCUUAAGGAUACAUCACAGCUAAAAUGAAUCCCAGGGAAGAAAAAGCAAAAAUAAUUGCAGAGGAGUUCACUGAAAAUGAUGAGGAUGAAGAUGUGGGAAGACGGAAGAACUCAAAGUCCCAAAGACAACGAAGAAAAAAACGGCUGCCAACUACUGACCCAGAGGAAAUGGUGUCAGAAAAAUCCCACGAUGGCUCCCAAGAGGAUCCUUCACAGGAAGAGCUUGGGACUCGCCUCCUGAGUGUGACAGCCCGGCGGGGGCCACGGAGCUUACCUCCAAUUCCUUCAACUUCCAGAACGGGCUUUGCAGAAUUUUCCAUGAGGGAACGCAUGAGGGAGAAGCUUCAAGCUGCCAGGUCCAAGGCAGAAAGUGCAUUGCUGCAAGAAAUUCCUACCCCAAGACCUAGGCACCUGCGAAGUCCCAGUGAGAGAGAAUCGGAGACUGAGUUUGGCACAGAGUCAGGUAAAGAGGUACCAGGGACUCAACAAGAAGAUGAUUCACAAAGUUAUUUAAGAGUAAAGUUCCGUGAUUCUGCACGAAAAAUCAAGGCUAAACCCCAGGCUCCACCUGGCUUCCCUUCUGCAGAAGAGGCCUACAACUUCUUUACUUUCAACUUUGAUCCUGAGCCAGAGGAAAAACCAAAGGUAAAAGGUAGAGCUGGAGCUAAUCAAGAGGAAGAGAAAGGGGAGGAAGAAGAAUCACCCACACAAAGGGAUGAGGAAGAGCUGCUUCAUGGAAAGGAUGCUGAAGACUUCCUGUCGGGCUUGGAUCAUGCAGACAGUGAUUUUGUGGCAGUCAGACCUGCGGAGUAUGAAAGUGCCCAUGUUUGGCUGCAGAAAGAAAAAGAAAUUCUCUUCAUACCCAGUAGACUGACAGUGCCGACCUAUAAAAAGCUUCCUGAGAAUGUGCAGCCCAGGUUCCUGGAAGACGAAGGCCUUUACAUUGGGGCCAGACCGGAGGUGUCUCGGACCAAUCAGAACAUCAUGGAAAACAGACUUCUGAUGCAGGAGCCCGAGAGGAAGUGGUUUGGAGAUAAUGGCAGAAUCCUGGCACUGCCCAGCCCCAUCAAGCCAUUUCCCGUGAGGCCAGCGCUAUUAACUCAGGAGCAGAGCGUCAAGGCCGAACUUGAAAUGCUGUACAAAAAGGCAGUGAAGUAUGUCCACAGUAGUCAGCAUAUGAUUGGAUCUGGAGACCCACCAGGAAAUUUCCAACUGGACAUUGAUAUUUCAGGGCUAAUCUUCACUCAUCACCCUUGUUUUAGCCGAGAGCAUGUUUUGGCAGCCAAACUGGUUCAAUUAUAUGACCAGUACCUUGCAAGACACCAGAGAAACAAGGCAAAAUUUCUCACUGAUAAGCUCCAAGCUCUAAGAAAUGCUGUUCAGACUGGUCUUACAGAACAACCUCAUCAAUCUCUUGAUACAACCCAAAAAACCAUCAAUGAAUAUAAGUCUGAAAUUCGGCAAACAAGAAAGCUCCGUGAUGCUGAGCAAGAAAAAGAUCGCACACUGCUUAAGACCAUCAUAAAAGUCUGGAAAGAGAUGAAAUCUCUUCGAGACUUCCAGAGGUUUACGAAUACACCCUUGAAACUUGUUUUGAGAAAGGAAAAAGUUGACCAGAAAGCAGAUGAGGAAGCAUAUGAAAAAGAAAUUCAAGCUGAAAUAAACGAAUUGUUGGAAGAGCUCACAGAAGAGUAUGAACAGAAGAUGGAAGAGUACAGAACUUCACACCAGCAGUGGAAGGCUUGGAAGAAAGCCCAGAGGGUCAAGAAGAAGAAAAAGAAACAGGCAGCAGAAGAGCAUCCCGAUGAAGAAGCUGGGGAGCCCUAUCCUCAGGAGGACCCCGUGAAGCCCAUCCCUCCGGAGCUCACCGAUCCAGCAGUCAUAGAGCAGCAGGUGAGGGAGCGAGCAGCACACAGAAGGAGAAGGCCAGGGGAGCCUAUGCUGGUCCCAGAGCUGAGCCUGGCAGGGAGUGUGACACCCAACAACCAGUGCCCCAGGGUGGAGGUCUUGCGAAGGAAAGAUGUAAAGAGGCGCUCGGUGUACUUAAGGGUGCUUUUCAACAGCAAGGAGGUGUCCAGGACAGUCAGCCGGCAACUAGGGGCAGACUUCCGAGUUCACUUUGGACAGAUUUUCAAUUUGCAAAUAUUCAACUGGCCGGAGAGUUUAACACUUCAGGUCUAUGAAACUGUGGGGCACAGUAGCACCACCUUGCUAGCAGAAGUGUUUCUGCCUAUUCCUGAGACCACUGUUGUCACUGGAAGGGCUCCCAUUGAAGAAGUGGAAUUUAGCAGUAACCAGCAUGUGACUCUGGACCACGAGGGAGUUGGAAGUGGAGUUCCCUUCUCCUUUGAAGCUGAUGGCAGCAAUCAACUGAUUCUAAUGACCUCGGGAAAAGUGUCCCACAGUGUCGCAUGGGCCAUUGGAGAAAAUGGGAUACCUUUAAUUCCUCCAUUGUCACAGCAAAACAUUGGAUUUCGAAGUGCUUUGAAGAGAGCAGACGCCAUCUCAUCCAUUGGCACAUCAGGACUGACAGACAUGAAGAAGUUGGCCAAGUGGGCAGCAGAGUCCAAGCUUGACCCCAAUGACCCCAACAACGCCCCUUUGAUGCAGCUAAUCUCGGUUGCUAGCAGUGGUGAAUCCUAUGUCCCUGAUUUCUUUCGAUUGGAACAGCUGCAACAGGAAUUCAAUUUUGUCUCAGAUGAGGAAUUAAGUAGAUCCAAGCGAUUUAGGCUUCUUUGUCUUAGAAACCAAGAGGUGCCAGAAUUUCGAAAUUACAAGCAAAUUCCAGUAUAUGACCGAGAAAUUAUGGAAAAGGUAUUCCAGGACUAUGAGAAACGUUUACGAGACAGAAAUGUAAUUGAAACCAAAGACCACAUAGACACCCAUAGGGCCACAGUAGCCAAGUACUUCCAGCAGGUUAGAGAAUCAGUGGUAAAUCGUUUCCUGAUUGCAAAACAUCAUUUUCUUCUUACUGAUUUGGUAGUAGAAGAAGAAGUUCCCAAUAUCAGCAUCUUGGGCCUAAGCCUUUUCAAGCUGGCAGAACAAAAGCGACCACUGAGGCCAAGGAGAAAAGGUCGGAAGAAGGUGACAGCCCAAAACCUGUCUGAUGGAGACAUAAAACUGCUGGUGAACAUCAUCCGAGCUUAUGAUAUUCCAGUGAGGAAGCCAACAGCAAGCAAAUUCCAGCAGCCAUCAAGGUCUUCAAGGACUUUCAGUGAAAAACAUGCUGCAUCUCCCAGCACACACAGCCCAACGCAUAGCACUGACUACCCCCUAGGCCAGGUUUCAGUACGUCCUUUUGUAGAAGUUUCUUUUCAACGAACAAUUUGCCACACAACUACAGCUGAAGGACCAAAUCCUAGCUGGAAUGAAGAACUUGAACUUCCAUUUAGGGCCCCUAAUGGAGAUUACAGUACAGCCAGUUUACAGUCAGUGAAAGAUGACGUGUACAUUAACAUUUUUGAUGAAGUACUGUGUGAUAUCUUAGAGGAUGACCGGGAAAGAGGAAGUGGAAUUCAUACCCGUAUUGAGAGACACUGGUUGGGACGUGUGAAAAUUCCAUUUAGAACUAUAUAUUUCCAAGCAAGGAUUGAUGGAACAUUUAAGGUAGAUAUCCCCCCAGUUCUCCUGGGCUAUAGUAAGGAGCGAAACAUGGUCAUGGAACGAGGCUAUGAUUCUGUCCGAAGCUUGAGUGAAGGCUCCUACCUCACCCUGUUUAUUACCAUUGAGCCUCAACUGGUUCCUGGAGAGUCAGUUCGAGAAAAGUUUGAUUCUCAGGAAGAUGAGAAACUCCUUCAAGCAACAGAGAAGUUUCAAGCUGAAUGUGCCUUAAAGUUUCCAAAUCGUCAGUGCCUUGCAACAGUAACUGACAUAAGUGGGAAAACUGUUUUUAUUACACGUUACCUCAAACCUUUAAACCCUCCACAGGAGCUCCUUGAUGUCUGCCCCAACAAUCCACAGGCAACUGCAGAACUGGUGGCUCGAUACGUGUCCUUGAUUCCUUUCUUGCCUGAUACUGUUUCGUUUACUGGUAUCUGUGACCUGUGGAGCACAUCUGAUCAAUUUCUUGAUCUCCUGGCAGGAGAUGAAGAAGAGCAUGCAGUAUUGUUAUGUAAUUAUUUUCUGUCCCUGGGUAAGAAAGCCUGGUUGGUGAUGGGCAGUGCUAUUCCUGAGGGUCCAACUGCCUAUGUGCUAACUUGGGAAAAAAAUCAUUAUUUAAUAUGGAAUCCCUGCAGUGGGCAUUUUUACGGGCAAUUUGAUACAUUCUGUCCCUUGAAAAGUGUAGGCUGUUUAAUCAGUCCUGACAAUAUUUGGUUUAAUAUCCAAUCAUAUGAUUCUCCACUAAGGAUAAAUUUUGAUGUCACCAAGCCCAAGCUAUGGAAAUCAUUUUUUUCAAGAAGCCUUCCAUAUCCUGGCCUUUCCAGUGUUCAGCCUGAAGAGUUAAUUUAUCAACGCACAGACAAAGCAGCUGCAGCUGAGCUACAAGACAGGGUUGAAAAAAUACUAAAAGAAAAAAUCAUGGACUGGAGGCCACGCCACCUGACUCGGUGGAAUCGGUACUGUACCUCCACUCUGCGUCAUUUCUUGCCCCUGCUGGAAAGAAGUCAGGGAGAAGAUGUACAAGAUGACCACAGAGCAGAACUGGUGAAACAGCUAGGAGACUACCGGUUCUCUGGAUUUCCCCUUCACAUGCCUUACUCUGAAGUGAAACCUUUAAUUGAAGCUGUGUAUAGCACCAGAGUACAUAAUAUUGACGUUCCUAACGUUGAAUUUGCUUUAGCUGUAUAUAUCCACCCAUAUCCCAAAAACGUUUUGUCUGUUUGGAUCUAUGUUGCCUCUCUUAUACGCAACAGGUAACUUUUUUUCAUUGUAUGUUUUUGUUAUGUAAAAACAAUUAGACUGUAAGUGUAUUUUUAAAUUACGCUGAUAAAACCAGGAGAAAAUAUUUUUGAAUAAUGAAAUUAAGUUAUCAUUAUCUGUUCUCUGUGUAAAAAUAAGUGUUUUUAUUUAAUAUUCUCUCGUCUCUGCCACUUUGACCCUGAAUUCAAUUGAGACUACCCACAGUAGGGUACACUAUCAGCAUUAGGUCUCUAUGCCUUUGUAUUUGUUUACUUUCUAUUUGAGCUCUGCAUAUCCAGCAGAAUAUCAAACAUAC